CCCUUCGUGUCAAGUGAGACGAAGGCGAGAUUCUAAAAUGGGUGAUAUUGAGAAGGGCAAGAAGAUCUUUGUCCAGAAGUGCGCUCAGUGCCAUACCGUGGAGAAGGGAGGCAAGCACAAGACGGGGCCCAAUCUCCAUGGUCUGUUUGGGCGAAAGACCGGUCAAGCCGCUGGAUUCUCUUACACCGAUGCCAACAAGAACAAAGGCAUCACCUGGAAUGAGGAUACGCUGAUGGAGUAUUUGGAGAAUCCCAAGAAGUACAUCCCUGGAACAAAAAUGAUCUUCGCUGGCAUUAAGAAGAAGACCGAACGAGCAGAGUUGAUAGCUUAUCUCAAAAAAGCUACUAAUGAGUAAUAGUUGGCACGGCCUUAUUUAUUACAAAACAAAUGUCUCAUGACUUUUUUAUGUGUACCAUAUUUAAGUCCAUCUCAUUCACCAGAAUUCAGAUCAUGAGUGACCGAUAGCGUAUUUUUGUUGGGCAGCCCUGAUUUAAAUAAGAUUGGCUUGUGUUUUGAAUGAGUAUGAUCAGCUUUUUGAAUUUUAAUGAUAAUUCCAGGUCAGCAAGUGCAAUCACUGUUC